CCCGAGAGGAGGGAGAGAUCCGAGGCACUGGGAAGGAGACAGGAGAGGCGCUAUGGCAGGAACCGGUCUAGGGGCCCGCUUCUACCGGCAGAUCAAAAGGCAUCCGGGGCUCAUCCCGAUGAUCGGCUUCAUCGCGCUGGGCAUGGGCAGCGCUGGGCUCUACCUGCUGCGACUCGCUCUUCGCAGCCCCGACGUGUGCUGGGACCGCAAGAACAAUCCGGAGCCCUGGAACCGCCUGAGCCCCAAUGACCAAUACAAGUUCCUUGCAGUGUCCACUGACUAUAAGAAGCUGAAGAAGGACCGGCCAGACUUCUAAGCUGCACUGGGCUGCGCUGGCCAGCGCCCCCGUUUCUACUCCGCGCCCGCAGACCCCCUAGGCAUCAGUGUGUGCCCCCGUCCAGCUCUUGCUCCCACAGGCCACGUUCCCACGCACAGAGGCGGCGGCUCCACCCCCACCCUCCUCCCUCGCUCCCCGGCGGAAGCGCCUCUGACCCUCGGCUGCGGUCCCACGUGGGGGAGGGCAGGCAGCAGCCCCAGGGGGCACCCAAAAGGCCCAAACCAGCUGGUCGGCCCUCCUACCCCGGCUCUGCAGGGUGUGGCGCAGGCUACGUGCUGAGCGUGGCCGACGUGAGCCAACAGCGAGCAGGGGCCUCUGAGUGCCAAACGACGUGGCGGGCCCCACGUUGGCCCAGGCUCCCGGCGCCUGCCAGGGGCGGCGCUGCUCAGGCUCGGCUGGGCUCGUCUGGCACCGCCCAGGCCGCCCGCCCAGUACGGGACAGUCCGACAGUCCGUCACCAGCCCAAGCUGGCAGCUUCCCGCGCCGGCGGCACCGCCGCCGAAGGCGCCCCUCUCGCCUCCCACUUGGGCCUCCCCCUGCCGCUCCCCACCCCUCCCCUCCCUUGCUCCCCUCCGUCCCCCGGGAUCAAACAGAAGCAGCCGUGGGCAAAAUACAAUUUCAU